GCUGACACACCUUCGCUGCACCACUCUAUAGGAGUCGUCGUCACUCCGGAAACAAUAGACUCCCUCGCGAGUCAAGAAGUAGGAGCAAUAGCUUCCAAAACCGCAGCUCAGGAGGCAUGGGCAUCGCAAAGUAACCUCAUGGUCAAGCUGCGCUCGAAUGAAGAGCUGCGGUGGGCUUCAGCAGUGGAUGUCAAAGAUGCGUUGGAGAAGCACCUCACGCAACGCUUCGGCAGCAGGGCAGAAGCGCUUCAAGCAGCUAAGGAAGCUAGGGAAAAAUCAGUGGCGGAAGCCAAAGCUGCCAAGGCCGCCAAGGCCGCGCAAGGGAAUGCGUCCAAUGCCGCACCCGCUGUGGAAGAGGCAGAUCCUACUGCCAUGUUCAAGCAGGGCUUCUUGUCGCAGUUGCACGCGCCCGGAGAAAAUGCGCAGGGAAAUCCCAAGCACAAGCAGCUUCAUCUCAAUGCGACCGGCGGCAAAGUCUUCACUCGCUUCCCACCCGAGCCCAAUGGCUUCCUACACAUUGGACACACCAAAGCGAUAGCGAUCGACUUUGGAUACGCAAAAUACCAUCAAGGUAGCUGCUACCUGCGCUUCGACGAUACGAAUCCCGAAGCGGAGGAGCAGAUCUACUUUGAUGCAAUCCUGGAGAUCGUUCGGUGGUUGGGCUUCGAACCCUGGAAGAUAACCUACUCUUCAGAUUACUUCGAUCAAUUGUACGCUCUGGCUUUGGAGCUGAUCAAAAGAGGCAAAGCGUAUGUGGAUCAUUCUACUGGAGAGGAAAUCAGGGCCGAGAGAGGUGGAGAGGAACGGGGGCCGAGAAAGGAAUCGAAGUGGAGAAAUAGACCGACAGAAGAAUCGUUGAAAGAAUUUGAGAGGAUGAAAAAUGGAGACUAUAAACCUGGAGAAGCUACAUUGCGGAUGAAGCAAGAUAUCUUGGGCAAUGGCAAUCCUCAAAUGUGGGAUCUGAUCGCAUAUAGAGUGCUCAAUGCAUCUCAUCAUCGGACAGGCGACAAGUGGAAAAUUUAUCCGACUUACGAUUUUACGCACUGUCUGGUUGAUUCCUUUGAGAACAUCAGUCAUUCCCUCUGCACCACCGAAUUUGUCCUCUCUCGGGAGAGCUACGAAUGGCUGUGCGACGCAGUAGACGUGUACAGACCUCGUCAGUACGAGUUUGGAAGGCUGAGCCUGGAAGGCACGCUCACCAGCAAGAGGAAGAUUUUAAAAUUAGUCAAGGAGAAGAUCGUGGAUGGAUGGGACGACCCGAGGCUUUAUACACUCUUGGCUUUGAGGAGACGAGGUAUACCUCCGGGCGCCAUCCUCAGCUUCAUCAACGAGCUCGGAGUGUCCACCAGCCCAUCUUCUAUCCCCCUCGCUAGAUUUGAGAAUGCAGUGAGAAAGUACCUGGAACUUCAUACGCCUCGUUUGAUGAUGAUCCUUCAACCACUGCGCGUGGUUCUGGAGAACGUACCGGAAGGCUUCAAGGUAGAGAUUGAAAGGCCGUUGCAUCCCAAGGUCCCUUCCAUGGGCACCUCGAAGCAGUUCUUUGUCAAAGAUCUCUGGAUAGAGAAGGAGGACUUCCGAACUGUGGAUUCGAAGGACUACUUCAGGUUGGCGCCCGGAAAGACCGUUGGCCUUCUGGGUGCUCCAUUCCCGGUCACGGUGACAUCCUGGGUCGACAGCUCUGGCUCGACAGAAGGAGAGCCGCGAGAAGUGAGGGUCCGAUACGAGGAUCCAGCGUUUGGCGGCAAGGGAAUGAGCAAGCCCAAGACAUACAUCCAGUGGCUGGGCCAGGACGAAGAGUCGGGCAGUCCGAUCAAGAUCGAUGAAGUGAGGAUACACCAUCGUCUCUUUCACUCGGAUAAUCCGGCAGGGGAGGACAACUUUCUGGACCACGUCAACAAAGACUCUUUGGAAGUGCACCGCGCAGCGCUCAUCGAGUCUUCAUUUUGGGAUGUGGCAAGGCGGUCAUUUGCACGAGCUCGGUCUGAAGCUUCGGCCCGCACUGACCAAGCGAAGACGGAAGCUGCUGCAACGAAGGAGAAGGAGAGCAAAGCUGUCGAAGAAGGAGUCAAGGGUGCCGUCAAGACGGGCGAUGGAGCUCCCGAGCGAACGCAGGAGCAGCUGAUCGGCAAUGAAUGCGUCAGGUUCCAAGCUAUGAGGAUAGCCUACUUUGCUCUGGACAGAGCGGAUAUGCAACCUCUUACCGAGAGCAGCACCCCGGACAGAAUAAUCCUCAACAGGAUUGUCAGUUUGAAGGAGGACGCGGGCAAGAGCACUAGUGCGAAGUGAAGGCGCAUGCAUGAGGUCGCUUGCUGCCCUGUCGAUUUCCUUGCAUCUUUCACACAAGGUGCCUUCGCCUCUUGCCUCCAGCAGAGCGUGGAUCUGCUGCGUUGCCGCCUUAGCAAUGCUGUCCAGCAAUCGAAAUCCAGCUGUACUGUACGCUCUUUAGUGGAGUGGAACGCGAAUUGCCUGUCACACACAUGAUCUACACGCUUGACAAUCGGACGAUGCGCGAUCUCGGGAAGGGAGCCACUUGCUAUGUGAUUCUGUGCUGUAAGAUCCUUUGUGUACACACCGCCUGAUCAGACUGCAUGCGCGA